ACAUAUUUUAUCUUGUCAGAAAUGACAACACUGCUAUGAUGAUGGAUGUGACACAGAUUAUAUAAUCUGUAGCCGCUGUGAUCUUCGUCUAUAAUCCCAGAGCGUCGUCAGAAGAGAUUGUAAUAUAUUAUAUUGUUGUUGUUGUUGUUGUUAUUAUUAUUAUUAUCAUCAUCAUUAUUACGUUAGUUUUUUUACGCAUACGCAUGCCUGUGCGGUGUGCGUGGAAAAUCGGUAAAUAGAUGUUAAUAUGUUAAUUGUAAAUUCGACUAAACUGCGGCCUGCGAGACAGUGAUGAGUGGCGACGACGCGGCGGCGUGCAAUGUGCAUACAAUAAUUCUGCAAUUAUUAAUGUCGUCGUCGUCGUCGGUCGUCGUCGAGUGACUAUAUAGUUAUCUUCUCGACAUCUUGUCUUUCUUCGUAGGUAUUCCGACAUUCCGCGACGCCCCGUUACGGCCGUUUUCGUAACGCGUGCGACGCAGUAAGGCAAUACAUUUAUCGUCGGAUUCUGCAAUGCCGGUCCCCGACGACGUCAAACGAUGUGAUGUCGCGUUGGGCCAAUGCCAGGAGGAGAUCGUGUCAUCAAAAAAAAUAAUUUUUGGGGGCCGUGGAUCAAAAAAGGUUGCGCACCUCUGUGUUAGAUUAUGAUGACUGAUGAGGGAGGUUGUAGAGUGAAACGCAUUUACCACCUGCACAAUUUGGUACAUUCUAAUUUUAAAUAGAGUAUACAUUUUAUUAAUAUGCAAGUUCACCCAAGAACUACUCACAGGUGUUGUAUUAAACAAAAAGUGUUAGAACAAUUUUGAUCAAGACUGAAUAAAUACUUAUAAAUGUUAAAACAAAUUUAGUCAUGACAAUUAAAUACAACCUUGCCAUUGUAUUUCAUAUCAAAAUACCAAGUCAGUACUUUUUAAUCUAGUCCAUAUUAAAUGCUAUACAAAUACAAUAUAAAUUAUCCAUCUACAUAGUUAUGUGAUUUAUAAAAAUGCCCAGGAGACCAUUGACAGAUGAACAACGAGAACAAUCUAGAAAACGUCGCUUAGAACGUGACCGUGAACGACAACGAAAAAGGCGUUUAGAUCCAGAGUUAAGAGCAAUUGAACGAGGAAAAAACACGAUUGCUAAAAGACUAUCUAGAUCCAAAGGACUUUAUGGUGGUAACAUUGAUAAAUUAUAUUCAGAAGCUAAUAUUGACUGUAGUAAAAUCACAUCAUUGUUAGAUAAUGAAGAUAAUGUAGAUUUGGAAGAUCUCAAUCGAUUAAAAAAGGAAAGAGAUAAAGAAAGACAACGUCAAAGAAGAAUGGACCCUGAAUUCCGUGCUAAAGAACGUGCAAGAAAUAGAAUAUUGAAAAGGAUUGCUCGACAAAAAAGUUUUUAUACUCUAGAGGUAUUAAAUUGUGAAUGCUGUGGAGAACCAAUAGAAAGUGACCAUGUAUGUUUUUCCAACAUAUUAUCAGUCGAACUCCACGAAAUUGAUGUUACCAAUAGUACCAUAAAAAAAGUCAUGAAUGGUACUAUGAAUGAUAGCUAACAUUUUUUUAUUUUAUCAAAAUUAAAUUUUAUUUUUCCAUACAAUUUUCUAAAAAAAAUUUCAAUCAUUUAUUUUAAAAGUUGAAACAUACUGAAAUUAUUAUUGUUUUUUAUUUUUUGUUUUGUUUAAAUAACUAUUUAGUAUGCAUUAUACAAUUAUGUGUGUAUUAAGUUUAAAUGAAACAUGUGAUAUCACACUAAAACUUUACAUAAUAUUUUACAAUUAAUUAAUUGUAUCAGAAUGUGUGUUGUUAUAAAUAGAUUAACUUUAAAAAUUUAAAUGUUUUUGUUAACAGUACACCAUUGUAUUACUGUUAACUAUCAAUUGUAACUAGAAAUUUGGACGUUCAUAACUUUAAAUUAAAAUUAAUAUUAUUUAAAUUAAAUAUUCUUAAACAGCUUAACACAUUGUGUGUUCUGAUGCAUAUUAGUAUCCUUAGAGUUGUUCAGCGACACCAUUUGGCAUCAAAUAUCAAAUAUACAUUUGAUGUAAAUUAUUCAUUGUUUUGUAUGUGUAGCUGACAUUUAUUUAAUCAUUGACAGCAUGGUUAAAUAGAUAUUUUUAAAUAUGUAUUCAUAAUAAUAUUAUGCUGUUCAACACCGUGACCAAUAUAUUCUGAGAGUAGUUUUUAUUCAUCACAACUCACAAGUUAUUAUUAUAUAUAUGCAUAGAAAUGAGAACCAUAAGAAGACGUACCCAGCAAACAUGUUGAACGUUACAAAUAUUUUUUUAAAUUUUUUUACAAAUGAAAUUUGAUAGAAAACUAGAAGAUACUUAUCUAAAUUAAAGGUAUUAAUAUUUAUCAAAAGUAAAACAACAUCUAAUAUCUAUAGGCAUAGGUGCAAAUAGACAAAUUAUUUUGGGGGGACUAAAGCCUCUCCUAUAAUAUUAUUAAAUAGAACAAUAAAAGGAACAAACAAACACUCCUUUAACUUGCAAUUUCUAUUUAUUUUCACAAUUUAAAUCUCAACAAACAUAGUCUUAAGCCUUGUUCACACGGCGACAGUUGCAUGACACCAGUGUCGCGAUAUUCAAUGAAUUAAAUAUACCGACACUAGGUGUCACGACACACAAUAUCAUUAGUGUCAUACUCAUUAGUGUCACCGUGUGAACGAGGCUUUUUAUUAAUUCAUUUUAAAUGAACAAUGGUUACUGAAUAGCGUCUAGUCGAGACUAAUACUACAAACAUUUCUGCUCAGCACCAGAGUGUCCAGCUAGAGCAGUCUGGCCAACCUCAUAUUUAACACUAGGCCUUCCUGCCUUAGCUAUGUCCUCAUAGCAUCUUAUACAUAAUAAUAUAAAAUAUAAUAAAACACAAAAAAUAAACAUUAUUAUUUAUUUUAGUUAUCAUAGGUGUCAUCAUACAUAAUCACCUAGCCCUGAAGGUUUCUUUCCGAUCCUGUCUGAUCUUCUAACUUCAUUGCUAUUGUUCCUGUGUUCUGGUGGUGGAUCCGCAUCAUCUUCACCACUGGUUGCACCACUUGGUCCUCGGCCUUCUUCCUCGCUGGUAUCACUCGCUUCAUCUGGUUCAUCUUACAACUUCCAAGAUUUGAGCUGAGAUACAUGUUCCGUUGUUUGUAAACAGUCUUUUCUGAUCUUAUUGUAGUUGAGCAACCCGAUAUACAUCACCUGGCAAUACUUCUGUGAUUGUCAAUGGUCCCCUAUAUUUAUUUUGCAAUUUGGUUGAUUGUCCUGUAUGAGUAGGCACUGUAGUCAUCACAACAAUUUCUCCAACCGUAUAUUUAGUGUUGUUGUGUCGGUGCAAAUCAUAGUCUUCUUUCAUCUUUGCUUUUGACCUCUAUGAAGCUUCCCUGGCCUCCUUCCACAGCUCAUUUGGACACGUCCAAGUGUCUACUGUUUCUGAUAGUUCUCUUGUCUUCCCCAGUCUAAACCGAGGUCGGUAACCAUGUAACAGUUCGAAAGGUGUUCUCUGAGUUACCUUACUCUCACUGUUAUUGAUCUGCAUCUGUACUACUAGUAGCCACUGGUCGUCCCAUUCAUCUUCUUUUGUAACACAUUGAUACGUCCAUUACAAUCCAUGUGUUCGACACUGAUCGAACCACACUUAACGACACAUUCACUCACGAAUUCACUUUGUGGUACCGGAUGCUCGAAUCCCACUUCUGAUUUAUUAAAUAGAACAAUAAAAGAAACAAACAAACACUCUUUUAACUUGCAAUUACUAUUUAUUUUCACAAUUUAAAUCUCAACAAACAUAGUCUUAUUAAUUCAUUUUAAAGGAACAACGGUUACUGACUAGCGUCCAGUCGAGACUAAUACUACAAACAUUUCUGCUCAGCACUAGAGUGUCCAGCUAGAGCAGUCUGGCCAACCUCAUAUUUAACAAUAUUUUCUAAAAAUGAUAUAUGCUCAGUACUAAUUACUGACUUUUGAACUGGGGGGACUUGGCAGAAAUGUGGGGACUAAGUCCCCCCAAGCCCCCACCUAUUUGCGCCAAUGUCUAUAGGUAUUCCUAUUUUAAUACAUUCCCUGCGUAUCAUAAUAUUAAAAUAUACUUGUCUAGUGAUGCUGAAAAAAUUGGGGUUCUUAAAAAAAAUCGAUGAAUUAAAAAAUCUAUGUAUGACUUGCAUGUACUUAUAAUAAAAUACUUAUAGGAGAUGUUAACAAAAUACAAAUAAUUUAAUUGUAACGCUGACCAAAUUUUAGAGAAUUUAAUAACAAGGUACAUGAUGCCAAUUGACAUUAUUCAGCAUAAUAUGUGAACGAUCUUAAAUGAAGCCAUUUGGCGUUAUCCGUACUGCACAUGUGAAGAAAAACACAACUUGGAUCUAAAAUUUAUUUUAUUAAUGUUACAUUUAUAAUUUUUAUUUAAAUUAAAUAAUCUUUAAAACACUAUAAUUUUAAAAUGUCAUUAUUGUUUAAAAUUUAAUGUCCAAAUUCUAGAUAACAUGGCUAUUUAAAAAUGUUUACGAAUAGUAAUAUUGAAACAAAUUAUAUUGUUUAUUAUGUAUAAUUUUAUUUUUUAUUAUUAUUUUACAUUUUCAAUUAAGACAUCAAUUAUCACUACCAUAACGAAUAUUCUCUCACCUUUUGUACAUUUUAUUUUUGCUCAAUAAUAUUUCACUUACUGUGGAUUAAAUAACAUUUAUUUCUAACCAUUUUGAUCUCAAUUUUAUUUUUAUUAUAUUUUUACUGUAUAAAUUAUUUAUUUAUUUAUUUUUGUUAUGGUAUGUUUACAUAUUAUUCAAUAUUAUACAAAAUACCCCAAACAUAAUUUUUACUUUAUUUUUUUUGGUAUAAAUUUACUUAGACAUAAACCGUGCUGUAUUGGCGAAAAUCAAAAGUUUGCAGAAUAAUUAGAAAGACGAAGAUGUGCAGCUUAUACUACAAAAUACUUAUCACUGCACUGUCUGUUUAUUAUUUAAUGAAAAAGUUGCAUUUGUUUUAUCUACAAAAAUAGUAUAAUUUAUAAACAUUGCUAAAGUAUUGAAAAUUGUAAUCACAAUGUGUAAAAAUAAUAUACAUUGCGAUGAUCCAUAAACAGUUAGAAUGAGUAGAGAAAAGUUAUUUAUUUAUAAUUUCAAGAGUUGUAAUUAUAAUUAUGAACUUUUGUAUUGGGUAAUAUUUUUCUAGAAACAUGAAUAAUAUUUUGACUUUUUGGCUCAUGUUUCAGAAAAAUAUAAUUCAAGAAUUUUAUCUGUUUUAAAGUUUGAAGACAGAUGUUCAAAAGGGAGACUGUCAAUCCAUCCUGAGUUAAUAAUUUAAGUGACGCAUAAAAGGAAUUUUGUCUCCACUAAAA